AUGGAGCCAACGAAAGUCGGCGUGGCGCCGCUUCUCGACCUGUCCAAGUAUCCGCAAGCACAAGCGUUUGUCGCUAGAUGUUGCGAGUUCUUCGACGAGGUGAAAGAUCUAACCCCGGGCGCCCCUCUCGAGGCACGGCUCAAUCGUGAUUAUGGUCCCGGCAACGCCUACUACGAAGAUUUCUGCAAAUUCAUCAAGGCCGGACUAGACGAGGGUUGGGCCGCGACCGCCGAGCUCGACGGGCCCAAGUACCGUCGGUCACGCAUCGUCGCUCCGUCGGCAGAAACGCACUUCAUAUCCAUCACCACCGUGUACAUGGAGUCACAGGAGGAAUACCGGGGCCAGUACCACGCCCAUCCGUACGGGGAGAUCAACUGUGUGGUGCAGAUCGAUGAAACCGCCGAACUCAAGGGCAUGCAAGGCUGGCAAGGUGCUGGAUGGACGUGUCCUGGACCAGGGACGCACCACUACCCAGAAGUCAGAGGAGGUGCAUUGGUGGCGUUAUUCUUUCUCCCCGCGGGUCGAAUCAGUUAUGCAGCAAAGCCCGGGGACCCACAGCCUCACUGUUUGUGA